UUCGCCACAUCCCGAGCAGAACAUAGCUCUCACAGCCGAGAACUCAGAAGCGAACCAAAAUCGAAACCCAGCCGCAGCCGUAGCGUCAGAGAAGAGCAGGCCCAAAGAGAAGAGAGCCCCAAUAGAAUAUAACUGUAACUGCUUGUGGUGGUGCAAACGGCAAACAGGAAAUCGAAAUCUACGAUAAAUUCGAAUCUCAAUCAGAGAAGAAUCUCCAUUGAAAGUUCUAGAACUCUAGUGUAAAAAAACUGAAAGUGAAAACCGAAAAAUAGUGAAAGUCUUCAAAGUGAAAGCUAGUGGAAAAGUGAACCGGAAAAUGCAGAAAAUGAAUUUAAGUUUGUGCGCCUUAGCGCUCCUGCUGUUCAGCAGCCUCUCGAGCGUCCACAGCCGUGCCGUGGACAUUGAAGACGAUAGCAACGAUGUCGACAACUCCAUCGAGGCGGAGCCGGAGGAGAAGCCCCGAGGACGACCCUUCGAGGCCGACUGGCUCAAGUUCACCAAAUCGCCGCCAACCAAGCUUCAGCAGGCAGCCGGUGCCACCCUGGAGAUUGUCUGCGAGAUGAUGGGCUCCCAGGUGCCCAGCAUCCAGUGGGUGGUCGGCCACAUGCCGCUCUCUGAGAUUGAGAACCUCGAGUCGAAUGUGGUGUCCGAGGAUGCGGGCAGUGCCAUUGUCCGCGUGCGAUCGGUGCACAUCAUUGACCACAUGUUGAGCGAGUCUCGCACCUACACCUGUGUGGGACGCACUGGCUCCAAAACAAUCUCCGCCAGCACUGUGGUGCACCCAGUGCGCUCCGAUCUGGUCGAUAUGCGCAUGGUGCGCGAGAAGCAGUACCCGGGCCCCCAGAAGCCGCGCAUCAUCUACACCGAGAAGACCCAUCUGGAUCUGAUUGGCUCCAGUGUGAUGCUGCCAUGCAAAGUGCACGCCCGUCCCCGGGCCGAGGUCACCUGGUUGAACAACGAGAACAAGGAGGUGGUGCAGAGCCAUAGCCAUCGCUACAAGGUGCUGCCCACGGGCGAUCUGCUCAUCUCGGAGAUCAAGUGGGAGGACAUGGGCAACUACAAGUGCAUUGCCCGCAACUCUGCUGGCCGUGACUCAGCCGACACCUUCGUUUAUCCUGUACUUAAGGAGCAAGACUAAAGAUCCCACCAAAACUACACAAAUCAAAGGGCUAUUGGAUUGACAGCGACAGAGAAUUCAUCUAGUUAGUUAGAUAGAUCAAAUGCCUUCGAAGAUGCGAGAAAACAAAAAACGGAAUAUGCUAAGAAAAAACAAAAAAAAAAAAAAAAAAUACAAUACAAGAGAAAAGAAUUAUAAUUAUUUCGAAAUGAAAAAAAGUAAGGUCAUACGUUGUACAAUGUAGGUUAAGAGCCAGUUUAGAUUGUAAUCCAUAUCUAAUGCCGGCUUAGACUCUAAAACUUCCUAUCGACUUAAACGCAUCGAAUAGCUAUAGUAUCGAAUUGUCUUAUCUCCGCCAUAUGUACGCGUAUAUGGUUUUCUUCAAUUUUAGUUUUAGUCAUCAGGCUUGUAAUCAAAUCACACGUCUUGUUCUGUAAGCGCAGCAAUGAUGGUUCCUAACGAUUCAGGCGAGCUCUAGUUAACGUUAAGCUCCAACGUAAGAGUAAUUGGCAGUUUACUUAAUGAGGGUGCCCGACACGACACCCCCAAGCACCAAACCACACCACACCACAACACACCACACACCCAAUUCGUAUUUAUGUGCACCGCAAUCAUUUUUUACAACUAAUUUAUUGAUCGCCAAAAUUCAUCCAUCGCAAUCCAUACAGAAAUCACCCCACAGAAUAGUAUUUCACGGAACGAAUCAGCAGUUUCAUAGGCUACCACACCCACACCCACAACCCCAGCCCCAACUACACCUACAUAUACGAUAAUUACAUGUUUUAUUAUUAUUUUGUAAGCUAAGUGAACUGAAAAUAUGGUUUUUUCUCUUAAUUUGUUUAGUUUGUUUUUUGAAUAAAUACAAUGAAAAGAAAAUGAAA